CACAAAAGGAACAUUUAAUACUUCGUCGAAAACACUCAGGAUUUCUCAGGGAAAAAAUGUUUGUCUUUUGCUAAAACGCGAAUAAUAGUUCUAUCAUUAGUAUACUUAUAUCAUAUUAGUGUAUUGUACUUGACUACUUGUCAUUAGUUUCUGGAAACUGUUAGGUAUGUGUUUACGACUAAUUGUCUUAGUAUGCUCACUAUGGUAUGCUCUAAAAUGAAAAAGGAAAGGGGGAAAGGAAAAUUAAAAUAUAAAAUAUAAAAAGUGUAUUUUUCAAAAAAAAAUUGCAAAAAGGGACUGGCACUACCUACAAAGCACGGCUUCAAUCCCCCCCCCCCCUGAGUUCCUCUGAGUUAGCCUUACAGCUUACUUAUAUAGUUCAAUGGAGAACCCAGGCUUGCCCGAUUUUAGGGACCGCCUGCCAUGCAGGCUAAGAGCAAAAGGGAACUUCAACUUCAAUGAACUGUGAAUGAACGAAGUUUAUAUUUCAGCAUGACGUCGAAAUAUUUUGAAAGAAGUCGUUUUGUUGCCGUUUUUGUUGUGUUUUCGCAACUAAUGUUAAGCGAAUCCGUUUCUCUUAACGGAACCAAUCUUAGAAAUGUUGAAGCACUGAUGAACAAGAAUAUUAAUAAAGGUAAACUAGUCUUUUUAUGAAGAUAUUAAAAUGUCAAGGAAGUUUUAUAAUUUAAUUUGCUAUUUUGCUUGCUAACCUUCUGACGCAUAGAACAUUUAUAAACAUUCGCAUAGUUUUACAUAAAGCAUAUUUAGCUUUCAUAAAAAGCAUGGCUUAUCCAAAUUUGUUAGCAUACGAGCUAAAAAUAUGAAUAAAAUCUCAAAAAAAUUUUCCGGACAUACCAAAAAUUUUCCGGAUAUAUAAUAUUUUUCUCGGAAAUGAAAAAAAUUUCCUUGAAAUAACAUAGAUUCAAGUUUUCAAAUGAAAAAAGGCAAACUUUAUGAAAAUAUUUCAUGCAAAAAAGGGCACUUUGUUCCCAGAAAAAGGGCACUUGACAAAAGUUGGGGGGUCUGCCCCCCCCCCCCGGUUCCUACGCCCCUGACUGGAACAAAAGAUCACAAUUUUGCAAUAAUACCGAUCAGUCUACUAACUUUAGGGGCAAUAUACCCAAUAUGGUAUUUCCAAGAAAGGUUACAAUUUAUUAAAAUGCCAAGAUAUUUAAUAUGAUUUUUACGUUCUAAGGAAACAUACAUUUUUGAGUGAAUAUCAUAAAUUUUCAGAUCCACCACAUAAUCUGUCCGUUUUUGAUAAGGAUGAAAAAUAAUGUAGUUAGAUUUAUAAUUAAUAUUCAAAGACAAUUUGUUCGCUAUUAACCAGCUAUGAAUUUUAGAAAGUUCAGUGUUAACAACGAUUUCUAAGGAUUUUAAAUUUUUAUCAGCAUAUAUCAAAUUUGUAGCAUCAGCAAACAAGUAAAACUUCAGCUUUUCUGAAGAGUUAUAAAUGUCAUUUAUAUAGAUUAAGAAAAGCAAAGGUCCUAAGAUUGACCCCUGAGGAAUGCCAGACAAGGUUUCUUCUUCGGCAGAUAUGUUUUGGCAAAUUUGUGUUAUUUGCAUACAACUUUAAUAAAUAUGCAGAUGAAAACCAGUCAUUUACAACACCUCUAAUUCCAUAAUGUUGAUGAAAGCAAGUCAUUUACUACACCUCUAAUUCCAUAAUUCAAAGGUUAUGAAUAUAUAAAUGCAUUAGUGACCAUUGUUUUCUUUUGUGUUUUCCCAACUAAGCAACUGCACUUCUUCAUAUAAAUGUAUAUUAUGUGUCUUGCCAUCGUAUACCCCUGCAGUGAUACAACAAAAUCAACCGGAAAUGGCGGUUGUGUUACCGCAAUAUGUGUCAUAGGCAUAUAGCAAUGCUGAAAUACACAAAGCUUUUGUGUGGUUUAUUUAUUUAUUAACUUUACAUUCAUAGAAAAGUAUAACAAUGAUUGAAGUUAUAGUCAACAGGCAUGAGUUCCAUGUGAGGCGAGACUUUUUUUAUUUAUUGGAAAAAAACAGGUAGGUCGGUCGGAAAAAACCCAACAAAACACACUAAGUAUAAAUGAGAACCAAAUUUAAUAAUCUCUGUUAAAUUUCUUAACGAGUCAAGGUUUACUUGGCCUGUACUUCAUGUCAGAACCCCAAAUUAACUAAAAUUGUUGACAUCCAAAUUUAUUAUUUUUACUUUUUACUUUCUCAAUAUUAUGGUCGGCAGAUCUGUGAAUCAAUGAAUAAAAAAAGUCUCGCCUGAAGACCAACAUAAGAAAACACAAAAGAAAACAAUGGCAAUGCAUAUUUAUAUUCAUAACUGACUGAAAAGUGAAAUUUUGUACUGUAUUUACAGGGUUUUUUGUUUUGAUGAAACACACUAACCUUAUGAUUGCUCCCAUCUUCAUCCAAAGUGAAACCCUCAAUUUAAAACGUAACCCUAAAAAGCGGCGAGUGUAAUUUUUGGAAAAAAUGUCGCUUGUAAUUUAAUAUUGCAUUGAAAAAAACGCUGCAUGUAUAAAUUGUUGCAUUGAAAAAACGUCGUGUGUAAUUGUUGCUUUGAAAAAAGCGUUGUAUGUAAUUUUGAGGGAAAAAAUGGCAAGUGUAAUUUUGAAUAAAAAAACCAAUGGCUAGGUUCUAGAAUACCCUGCCACUGCGUUUAGCUGUGUGUUAGGGGUUAGGUUAGGGUUAGGUCAGUGGCGGGGUAUUCUAGAAUUGCUCCAAUAACUAAAUUUGCUACACGCGGGUUGUAUUUUUGAUAAGUCAUUUAUGUGUGUACAGUGCAAGCUGUUUUUUUUAUAAAUGAUAAGAUUUGUUUUGUGCAGCUUGCAAGAGAUUUUUGUUGCAUGUGGAAAAUUUGUAUUACGAAAGUCACCGAACUGUGGAAUCGCAUAAAAAAUUUGUAUAUAUCGACCACUCCCACAAACGUCUACGACCGCGCCUACAUAUUUUUGCAUGUUUACAAUUCUAAUUUUAAACAGCCAAUCGACAUAUAAUUGCAAUUAUUACCAAGAACCUGAUUGGCUGUUCAAAAUUAGAAUUGUAAACAUGCAAAACUAUGUAGGCGCGGUCGUAGAUGUUUGUGGGAGUGGUCGAUAUACAAAUUUGUUAUGCGAUUCCACAGUUCGGUGACUUUUGUAAUAUUAGUUAUUAUAGCCUAGUUUUUAAUGACAUUUCUUUGUUCACAGUAUAACUGGAUCAAGUUGUUUGACAGUCUAGCAUUGUUACUGAUAAAAGAUUUUAGAGCUAGGAAGCUUAAAUCAAAAAGCUUCCCAGUCAUAUAAACAUUGAUAUAAACUGUCUGAGAAACCAGCAUUUUGGUCCCCCUGACCCAUCCAGUUUUCAUGUUUCUUACUCUUGGCACUGACCUGCGAAGGUUCUCGCAUUUUGCGUGAAAGUUACGCAUUCUGCUUUUGUUCCCGCUGUCCCACAUGCAUAACUAAAAUGAUCUUAAAGUUACGCAUUUUUACCAUUAUAUGAAGCUUAAUCCCACUUUUUGUACAAUAACUCAUUGACAACGCUUUGUACAAGCGUAGAAUUAGAGUUAACAACGUUAGAAUUAGCGUCAGACGCAUCAUGGCCUGCAGUACAUGGCCAAACAUGCAUUCUGACGAUUUCCGACGAUUUUCAUGCUUUCUGGAGACUCCAAAUUUCCAAAAUUUUCUCAAUUUUCCUCACAUUAAACUGCACGUAAUACUUUCAUAUUGAUCAGUAGUUAUUUUAGUUAUCUUCAUUGUCAGGCAGUAGUAAAACAUUGAAAUCUUGGGUAGGAAAGACUCUAAAAUGCUAUUUCCUAUGGUCUAGAGAAUUCAAAUUUUCAAAAUUUUUGCUCGGCGCCACCAUGAUGGCGCCUCAUGGGCGACGCAAAAUCAGGUGAAUUGAAACAAUUCAGGCAGUAAAUCUAACCUCCCCCACCCCCCAAAGGCAAAGUCCUCGCAACGGCCCUGGUCACACAUUCUUAUCUUCCGAACUUGGCAGGUCUGUCUUGGGCAGAUCCUACCAAACCUCGUGUAGUCCUGAAAGGAAAAGAUCAAGAAGGAAUGACGUACAAGUUGACACAUGAUGAGAGAUGUAGAGAAGAUAUUGAAGACUAUUGUGCCCAAGAAUCUCGUAAAGCAGGGAACUAUGAUCUUCUCUUGUGCUUGCAAAACCAAAUUAAGGUACGGUACUAAUGUCAGAAAUUCUCAAAAUGCGACAUGAUGUGGUAAAAACCCACACAAAAGAGCCACUAAUUUUUCAUGUCAGGCUGAAGUGGUUCUUAUAUAACAGGUAAUAUAUCUUACAUGUCUCAUAAAAUAGAAUACUACUAUAAACAUAUUUAUUUUUAGGAAGAUGAAUUAUCUGAUGAGUGUCAUCAGGUAUGUUUGUCAAUGCUAAAUAAAAAUCAAACUUAUAUAUAGUAUAUUGAACUUUAAUCUACAAGGAUCUCAUUUACCCAUUCAUGUACUUUAAAAUAUGAUAGCCUCUGCCAUGAGGUUUUGUUUUCAUCCAUGUUUGUAUGUGUGUCAGCAUAAAUAUCAAACAUAUUAAUACCAGCAAUGGAUUUACUGACUGGGGGUGCACCCCUAGCCCUGGCCAGAGGGGGUGCAGGGGGUGCUAUUUUUCAUGAUAAAGCAAAAAAUAUUAGAGACAAAAUGAAAUACAGUACUUUGAGUAUGACGAUAUUAAGCAAACUUGAACAACAAUUACAAUUCAAAUACAGUAGUCAAGCAAGACUUUGCAGUAAUCACUAGUCAAGCAAGUUGAUGGGUGGGCAGCGGACAUGAUGGACACAACUCGGCACCAGAGCUGGCAGAGCACCCCCCCCCCCCUACCAGAUCAUGCUGAAUGCAUCCCUGAUUAAUACAAAAAAUUGUGACAGUGAUGAAAUUUUGGUUAAAUUUGGAUGGAAAUUAAAUUUGAUGAGAAAUUAGGGAAAGUUGUCUUGCUUUGCCGGGCAGUGUGAAUUGAAUGCAUAAUUAGCUCAUUGUAUAAGUUAUGCAUGCAGAUACAUAAAUUAAUUUGCUGGUGGAGGUAUACAGUCUCCAAAUUUUGUUUUAUAUUUGUUUUAAAUGAAAUUAUAACUUAACCAAGUCUAAACCAUUUUAUAAUUGUGAUUUUGUGUAGGCCAUAUGGGAGUACAAGACCAAGCUUGUUCACAACCCUGUGUUUGAAGCACCAGUGAUUGAUAUUUGUAGAGAUGAUUGGCAAAAAGUUAGUUCUUGUUGUUUUGUUUGAAAUCUCCAUUCCCCCAAGCUGUUGUAAAAUAGAAUAUUGGUAAUCGGUAUCGGCCAAAAUCGGCCUUGAAUAUUAAUUAUAUACUAUAAAAUGUUGACAAUUACUACAAAAGACAACUGUUUUCAGCAAUUUCAGGAUGUUUAAAUUUCCAAUAAUUUUUGAUACUUCAUUCCUUACAGAUUGAUGAGUGUAAAGCUAUACAGCCAAACACAGGUGAUCUUGUACUAUGUCUUGUCGGAAACAAAGAUGGCAUUCAAAAUGCAAGGUGUAAACAUAUUGUCAAUAAACUGGCACAAAUAGUGUUCACUGACUACAGGCUGUUGAAAAAUUUCUAUAAAGAUUGCACAGCUGAUGUAAAGAAGUUUCAGUGUUCGAUGGAGGAGGGUGUAAGUACUAUAAUUAUUAUAAUUAUUGUAACUGGUGGUAGAAUAUAUUUAAAAUAAAGAUAUAUGCGAAAGUGAAUAUUUGCCUACUUGGCAAACAAUGAAUUCUGCAAUGUUAUCCUUACAAAAGGAAGUUUGGCAGAGUGAAUACAAAAUUCGGAGUUUGUUUUGUACUAUUUUGUAAAAUUAUGGACAGGUCAUAUAUUUUGGUCAUAAAGCCUGGUGUGCACAAUGCGAUUUUAGUGGAAUCUAUGUGGAAUCUAUUUGGUCGAGUAUUUGGUUGAAAUAACAGAUAAAAAUCGGAACACACUGCAACUGGAACAUAUUGGCAAACUAAAAUCGCUUAAAAAUGACACCACCAAGGAUUUCAUUGAUUUUAAUUGACCCAUUAAAAUCACAUUGUGUGCGCCUGGCUUAAGAUUGUCGUAUUUUCCCAGGAUCAACACACGCAAGGAUCAACGCUUGAAUGUCUAGAAGACAACGAAGCAAACCUCACAGCCAAAUGUCGUCAUAGAGUUCUUCGUGUGGCUGAGCUGCAAAGUGAUGACUACCAUAUGAACAGAGCUCUAUAUUAUGCCUGUAGAGAUGACAGAGAGCAUUUCUGUCCUUCGGUUGAGUCUGGACAAGGCAGAGUGUAUGCUUGUCUAAUGAAGAAAAAAUUCCAUCCUGAGAUGUCGA